AUGGCAAAUGCACAGAAGGUUGCAAACAUAUUUGAGCUUGCCUCAGUUGCCUUUAAAAAACUGGCCGAACUAACCCUGGAUCUAAAAAUAUUUCAAGCUCAGGCUGAACAAGGUCCCUCAACUAGCAGUCGUUGGACAAUCAUAGAAGUAGAUCAACUGAAGGACGCCAUUGCACGUUUCGGGAACGAUCUCACUAAAAUUGCUAGCGUCAUAGAAACCAAGACUUUAACUCAAAUCAAGCACAAAUUGAAAAGUCAGGGCCUCGAGGGUCCGGGUCCAGAACGUGUUGAGGGGGCAGAAAAUGAUGAUGAGAAGAAUGCUGGCAGGUCUCCUGAGAAUGAGUCGGGGCAUGUUCAAGAACUACCCGAGGUGUCUACAGUUUCAGUUGAUCGCGGUAGAAGGAAGCAAACUUUUUCUGAGCGAAAUGACCCAGACCUCCCCGACCAAAAAAAACGACGUUUGGAUUCGGGUUCAGGGCCUUCAGUUUUGACCAUACCGAAAAUCAAGGGACCGGUAGUUGCUAGACAUGUGGUGCCAGUCGCAGGGGUCCAAAGAACGCCGAUAACAGUGCAGACCUCGCCUGCGGGCAAACCUCGCGUCGUUCCAAUCACACCGUCAGCUUCCAAUGUUCUAUCCCACGCGCAUAUGCGAAAACAGGCGGUGAUGUCACAGGAACUAAAAUAUGAACAGUAUUCUGAGGACGAAGGCGAUGAUCACUUUGGAGAUGAUGACGAUGACGAUGAUGAUGAUGAGGAAUCGGAUGCGCCCUACUACUCCGAAGAUGAAACAGGCGGCAAUAGUACCCCACAAAAUUGA